CGAGCGCACUGGUUUGGAUUCACUCCACUUUCUCAUCACUCACGGUGCAGCCGCGCGACCUGCUCCGUGCCGGACAGCGCGAGGACCGAAACUGGACCAGAGGGGACCGGAGCAAUCCUGCGUUACUAGCAGCUUCAACUCUUUUUCCACUUUUUUUUAUUUUUAGAAAGUGUGUAGGGAGAGAAACGGAGAGCGUGCCACCAGCGGAGGAUGCAGCUGCUUCCAUCCGGCCGCCGGUGACGCUUUCAGGGGUCCGUAAGUGAGUCCGGCCGUGCCACCGGAGAGCGCUGGUCACGACUGACAGAAACUGAGAGAAACUGGAGGAAUAACUACAGCCGUGACUGGAUUGUUUGAUUCGCCUUUGAAUCCUUUUUUUUUUUUUUUUGUGUUGUUCGUUUGUUUAUUUUUCUUUCUUUUCUUUUUUUUUUUUUUCUACUACAACCUUGUGGAUUCUUUAUGAUAAAACAUUUUUUGUCCUGGAACGUCUGCGCCUGGAUACCGCGGAGGAGCGAGAGCCUGUAGCCGGCGUUGGAGCGCCCAGACCUGGGUCUUUAACUCGAUCCAGAUUGAUGUUGUCCGGCAGAGACAUGGUGAUCCUGAGGUGCGAGCUACUGUCCCUCUUGGCCGUCAUCCUGAUGGUCUCCUGCAAUGCUCUGCCUACAGAUAUUCUGUAUCGGGUUAAUGAGGAACAGCCACCCAACACGUUGAUUGGCAGCCUGGCCGCAGACCAAGGCCUUCCAGACACUGGACAUCUGUACAAGCUGGAGGUGGGCACCCCUUUCCUGAGGGUGGAUGGCAAAACUGGGGACAUCUACACCACAGAGAUUCCUAUUGACCGUGAGACACUGAGAGACUGCCAAAACCAGUUUGACGACAAAUGCUACCUGGAAUUUGAGGUGUCCAUCACAGACAUGGUGAAAGGGAUUGGCUCAGGGCCACGGCUGAUCGAAGGUCGCAUUGAAGUGCUGGAUAUGAAUGACAACACGCCGCAGUUCUCUUCACCCAUCCUCUCCCUAGCAAUUCCAGAAAAUACACACAUUGGUGUACUCUUCUCCAUCCCAAUGGCCACAGACAAGGACUCUGGUUCCAACGGCGUGGCUGAGUACUCUCUGAUUUCCGGACCGGAUGCUGAUCAACUCUUCAGUCUGCAGGUCGCUUUGGACACGGAUGAGAAGCAGCCACAGCUGGUUGUCAUGGGCAACCUGGAUCGUGAGAAGAAAGACUCGUAUGAUCUGACUAUUCGGGUUGUAGAUGGAGGUGAUCCACCAAGGGGGAGCAGCGCUUUACUGCGAGUCACCGUGACCGAUCAGAAUGACAAUGCUCCAAAGUUUGAGAGAAAUCACUAUGAGGCCGAACUGCCAGAGAACAGCCCACUGGGACACUCUGUCUUGCAGGUUCGAGCCAAUGACGCAGACACUGGUGCCAAUGGAGAGAUAGAUUACAGCCUACAUCAAGCAUCCGAGACUGUCCAGAGGCUUCUGCGCAUUGACCGCUCCACUGGCAUCAUUUACGUCAAAGGCCUGGUAGACAGAGAAGAAACAAAUUUUCUCAAGUUCUUUGUGGUUGCCAGAGACCGUGGGCCUAAUUCCAAGAGUUCCAAAGUUCUAGUGACCAUCAUUGUCAAGGACCAAAAUGACAACGCACCAGCAAUAGAGAUUCGUGGUAUUGGGUUGGUCACCCACCAGGACAGUGUGGCAAACAUCUCUGAGGACAUGCCGAUCGGUACCCCAGUAGCACUAGUCCAAGUGUCUGACCGUGACGAGGGAGAAAACGCUGUGGUGACAUGUGUGGUUGCAGGUGACGUCCCUUUUCAACUCCGACCUGCUAGCGAGUCAGCCAAUGAUCGAAAGAGAAAAUACUUCCUGCAGACAACUACUCUGCUGGACUAUGAACGUAUUAAAGAUUACCGAAUUGAAAUAGUUGCUGUGGAUUCUGGUAACCCAGCUCUGUCAAGCACCAAUUCUCUUAAGGUCCAGGUCACAGAUGUGAAUGACAACACGCCAACAUUUUCUCCAGCUUUGCUUGAAGUGUUCUUUCCUGAGGGCAACCAGCCAGGUGACAGAGUGCUAGAUAUUUUGGCCACAGAUGCAGAUAGUGGUAUAAAUGCAGAGAUGAUUUACAGCAUCAUUGAGUCUUCUGCUAACAGGCUUUUUGAGGUUGAUGCCAAUACGGGAGAGGUUCGUGUGAAAAACACACUGGAUCGAGAGGAAGUUGAGCGCUAUGAGUUCCAUAUCGCUGCAGCCGACAAGGGUCUUCCAAGUAAAACUGGAACUGCUACAGUUGUUAUAAAUGUUCUAGACCGCAAUGACAAUGAACCCAAAUUCAUGUUAAACGGAUACAGUUUUUCUGUAAUUGAAAACAUGCUCCCACUAAAUCCUGUUGGUGUAGUGACUGUGACUGAUGCUGAUAAGGGGGAGAACUCAAGAGUGACACUGUUUGUAGAACCAGAUAAUGGCAAGUUUGUAAUUCAAAAUGGCACCGGAACAAUCCUGUCAAGCAUUUCUUUUGACCGUGAAAAGGAAAGCACCUACACCUUCCGUCUGAAGGCUGUGGAUGGUGGUGAACCACCUCGAUCUUCCUACGUUGGUGUGACCAUCAAUGUCCUGGAUGAGAAUGAUAAUGCCCCCUAUGUCACCAAACCAUCAAACUCCUCCUACACUUAUCUGACACCUGUCACACCUCCAGAAACAAGAGUGGAAGUGGUUGAGGCUGAGGACAUUGAUGCUGGGCUCAAUGCAGAGCUGUAUUAUUCAAUCACUGGAGGAAAUCCUUAUGGCCUUUUUCAAAUCUCGUCCACCAGUGGGGAAAUCACACUGGCACAAGCAUUCUCUGGCAAGCACAAUGGACUUCACCGGCUUGUCGUGAAGGUCAGUGAUCGAGGCAAACCUGCUCGCCACACCACAGCCUUAGUUCACGUGUUUGUAAAUGAAACCAAAUCUAAUGUGUCCCUUAUUGAGGCACUUGUGGGUCACAGUCUUUACACACCUCUGGACAGAGACAUAGCAGGAGACCCUAACUAUGCCUACAGUCAGCAAACCAACAUUUUAUAUGCAGUCCUUGCAGGUGUUGCUGUUGUUAUUUUGGUCAUUGUAGCUGUGGUGGUCAUCAGACACCAUCUGCAGAAAGAUACUAAAAGCGGUUACCAAGCUGGCAAAAAGGAGAGCAAAGAUCUUUAUGCUCCCAAGCAGGGGCCCAAAAAUGGCAAAGGAAAAAAGAGCAAAAAGCCCAGAGCUCCAAAACCCACCAAACCACUGGAAGAGGAUGAGGAGGCGAGUCUGCAGAAAGGUCUGAAGUUCAACCUUAUUAACGACGUUAAUGACAGUCCCAGAAUCCAUCUGCCCCUUAACUAUCCACCGGGAAGCCCCGACCUGGGCCGUCACUAUAGGUCCAACUCUCCUUUGCCAUCUAUCCAACUGCAACCACAGUCACCCUCUGCCUCCAAGAAACACCAGGCUGUUCAGGACCUCCCUGCAACCAACACCUUCGUAGGGACGGGCGACAACAACUCCACGGGCUCGGAUCAAUAUUCGGAUUACAGCUACAAGGCCAACCCACCUAAAUACAACAACAAACAGCUGCCCCACCGCCGAGUAACCUUCUCCACCUCCAAUCAGGCCCAGGAUCUGCAGGAUGCAUCCCAGCACAGCUACUACGACAGUGGCCUGGAGGAGUCAGAGACCCCCAGCUCCAAGUCAUCAUCGGGCCCCCGGAUCGGACCACUAGCUCUGCCAGAAGACCACUACGAGAGGACCACACCCGACGGCAGCAUCGGCGAGAUGGAACACCCGGAGAACGGUGGAGCGUCGUCGAGCACCAGGCCGGAGAAGGGGGCCGGACAAAUCAGACUGCCUUAAGACAAAACUAAAGACACAAAGAGCAUCUUAAGCUUCCAUUUUUUCCUCCUCCUAUUUACAAAAAAGAAAACACAUUUAAGUCCUCAAGCUUUCUUUUUCUCUAUUUUUCUCUCUGUGCUGCGAUUCUGAGGACUUCUUUUUCCUCUUCCCUCCUCACCUGUAGGCAUGAGCUGUUUUUUUCAGCUUUAUGCUUCACUUUCUUGGAAUUCCCAAGCAGGAGAAUCACAUCAGAAAAAAAAAAAAAAAAAAAAAAUGUAUGAAAACCACAUUCUUUUGAUAAGAGAAGUUGACCCGAAUAACACGGAAUCAUCUUUGGCUUUACAGCAUCUUUUCUUCUCAAUCGUGUCCUUGACAGGUUACUUUUUUGGAAGUGGAGUCAAUUUUUCAGGGGAGGGGUUUUCAUCUUUGCCGCUCUUUUCAUUUUUUGGAUGAUACUGAAGCCUAAGUGGAAAGAUCAGAGUGGAUUGAAGAGGGAAUUUCCUCCUUUUAUGGGCAUUCUUUGCUCUCUUUCUUGUUAUUUUGUACGGCUGCUUUGGCUCUGUAAAUUGGACUUCCAUAUAAUUUUGUUUGAAGCCACUUUUUCAAUAAUAUUUUUCUUAUUUUUGUUGCCCUGGUGCCUGUAGUUGUUAAAUGACAGUCAGGGUUCGGAGGACAGGGUGACUGGCAGAUAAUCAGCCGACACGCCUUCUCUUUCAGUCCAGUAGAAACUCUGGUAGGAAUUGUUUCAGAAACUGUCUUUCUUUUGGCCUUCAUUGACACUACUGCCAUGGGACAUUUAGGCACAGUUAAAGGAGCAACCUCAAAUACUUACAAUCGUUCUUAAAGAUGAAUGGAAAUAAGUUUUCAUUGUGGGUUUGAUAUGGGGGUUGAUCCAGUGUGUGUUACACUAGACUUUGCACAGACACUGGAAGCUGGGAAAUAAGUAAAUAUUAGUAAUAAGUCAGAAAUAUGUUGUGCAAAGGUGCUAUUUCAUUUGAAGGGGCUUUAGAAACCCCUACUGUAUAGAUUUUUCAACCAAAACAAACUAUGAAGUAAAGGAAAAUGUCCUUUCAGCCUAUAUGAGCAAACACUGUCUUGGCUCAUUGCUACAAGUGGAUUUUCUACCAAACGGUACUAAAGUUGGCUUUGCUUUCACAAAAUCUGGUACUAUAAAAUGUCUAACAGAGUAAAAAAGCUGUUUUCGUUUAAGAGUGUAAAUUGAUUCAGAAACCACCAAGCUAUUGGUUGCUUAGAACUCUUGACUCAUUUUCAUGUUAAGUCUGGCUUGCUCAAGACUAACCUCCCGACCUGCAACCUGAGCAAACAGGGAUAUGACAUCAUCAUCUCAUCUCCUCAGUGUUUUUAUACAAAGCAGAAUUUUGCUUUAGUGCCACACAUAAAACAUUUCUCACAGCUUUUAUAAUUUAUUUAAUUUAUAAACCGAGUUUGCAACUCUGUAAACACGGAUGGCCUUUUAAUAUCACCACCCAGUGUUUAAGAUUUCUGCUUAAAACUGUGGAAGUUUAACACCUGUUUGCAAUGCUUAUAAAUAAAGAUGAAAAAAAAAAAAAUCACACCCACCAUUUAAAGUGUUCACGCACAACUCUUCAUUUUAAGUGUUUAUAAAUACGACUGAACCUGAUCAGACAUGACAGCAGAAAUAAGAACAGAAAUUGUGUAAUAUUUGUAGACAAGUUGUCACUCUGCACUGCGAUCCUGAGAUUCAUCGAUCUGUUUUCAGUAAAGCCCAUUAAAACUAGUUCUAGAACCAGACCUAGUUUAGGCCUGUAACCACUUUGGUGGAUAAUCACAAUAGAUCAAUAACUCCCUUAGAAAACACAUCAGUCAUUAAGUGGCAUCUGUUUUUUUCUCUGGCAUCUACACAAAUUGAGCUUUAAUUGUUCAUUUUAAGCCUUUCCACAUUAACGGUCUUAAAUCAAAGCCCCAAAGGAUGUUAAAUCAUAUAAAAGAGAUCAGUUUAGGAGACAAUUUACUAUGUGGUGUUAAUCAGUUGCAUUUUAAAUACCAAAUCUGUGGGGAGGAGGACAUCCAAAACACCACAACACAACAGCUGGGUAUGUUCUUGCUUUAGUUUUAAUCUCUAAAGGUUUUGCACAUUUGUAUCACUAAUUGCCAAAAUAAGUGUCAUAUUAAUUGAUUUAAGUCAUUUUAAUAAUCUUCUUUAAUUUGUUGGUUUAUGAUUGCAGUAACUUUUGACCCCACUUUCCACUUUUCUUGAAAAAAACUCAAAAAUAUUUCAAAAAUAAUAAAAAAUAAUAAUACAAAAUGUACUCCUAAUUAAUGCAUUUAAAACAACACUGCAAUUUUUAAAUUUGAUAUAGGGUUUCUUAUUAGGUUUUUUUUUUCCUGAACGAUGUCCAGUACACUCAUUAAUCUGAUCCUUUUUCUGCCUAAUUUCUCCUGCUAUACUGUAUAUUAGGCCAGUCAUUCUGAUCUCACCUCUUCUUUCCUCCUCGCUAAUAACUUUUUUUUUUUUUUUUACAAGUUCCAUGUAAGAUUUAACUGCUGGUAAAUUCAGCUAUCAAGGCAGUUAACCUCCUUAUUGACCUGUUAACGAAACCCCUAAACUCCAAGCUGUCAUUCAGCUCUCCUCUUUCCUUUUUUCUUCCAGUGAAUUGAUCUGUGUAGGACUCAGUUAGUUGGUUUUUACCACAGCUUAGUAACAAUUGGUCACUGAUCAAAGGCUUGAUUAUUUGUAAGUGCAACAGUGUGUUUAGUUUGAAUUAUACCAGUAUGUUUAUGGGAUAUAAAGCUGUAAAACGGUGUAUGAAUUUGAAUAUUUGUAGUAAUCACUGGUUUGCUGUAGGAAUCAAACAGAGCAGCUUGGUGUCCCGCUGCCGUUCCUGUGAAUGUAAUUUGUAUCCAGAGGCUUUUAUUACAAUAAACAAGUGCUGUCACACUCUAAAACUGCGGUUUGUGUGUUUGAGCUUCAGGUUCUAUGUCUGCUCUUUGUUCAUUAUUCUAUUUAAACACCAGAUGACAUAUUUGUGCUUUAACCUAAAAUGAGUUCUAGGAACUGUUUAGGUCCCACUUUUUGCUCCCCUUGUGAAUAAACAAUAUGCUAUGUUCUGUAAAAGACUUAAAUGAAUACCACUUAAAAAAAUUUAUUAUCUCGCAGAGCACAGUUAUGGUCUAAAUUUCAAGCUAAAAACAAAAAGCUCAUGUUUCUACUGAUUAGAGUUUAAGUUGCAAUAAUACAGUAUAAUAUCAGGUCAAGAAAGAGAUGAAUACAUUAAUCUGAAUGUGAUAAUUUUCCAUAUUUACCAAGCUGAUAUGUAGAUCAUCUAAUGUUUUUGAGACACUGAAGAAACUUUUUAGUUUUUAAAGAUGGGAUUUGUCCUUAUAUAAAUUUUCCACUCGUUCUCUGAUCUUGGAUUGUUCAAUGCAAUUUUUAUGGGGGUAUGAUACUGACAACACCUUAAAAGACGGUCUUUUAAAAAUGUAAAUUUUAAACUUAAAUCCAAAAGUGCCUCUCGCCCGGAACGUAGCUGGAGAUUGGCACCGGCAACCCUCCCGGGUGGACAGAAAAUGGAUGGAUGGAUGGAUAAAAUCCAAAAGUAACUGUUUAUUUUGGGAUUUAUGACCAUACAUUUGCUGAGUGUUUGGAGAAGAAAAAGCCUAUGGCGUCACUGUUCCCCCAUGCAUCUAACAACAGGCAUGAGAUGCUAAAUUUAAAUGUGGCUAGUAAUUGUCCAAAAAAAAAAAAAAAAUUUCCAAUAUGAUAGUUGAAUCCUUGAGGUAUAAGAGCAACAAAACAUUUCAUUAUCAGAACAAGAAUUCAUGCACUACAUAGUCUACAUAAGUUUUUAUAAAAAUGAGGUCUGAGUAACAUGGCUGCAGGGGCAGAUAUAUUCCUUUGAGGGUUCUGAAUGCCAUUGUGUUGAACUGUAUUUAACCAGGUGUGCUUUUCAAACACCGGCAACUCUCUGAAGUCAUAUUUACCUCUCCUGGGACUUUUUACCUUUCUUGAAUAAAGCUGCAAGGGUUUUAUGUCACUUCACCAUAAUGUCAUAAUCAGCAGCCCAUCUGUGGAACGCUUGGAGAGUUUCUACCAUAAUCUUGUCUAAUUUCUUCCUCUAAUGAUUUAUUCAUUCAUCUUUAAACAUGACCAACAUUAACAUGAAGAAGUCAAAGCACUUUUACUAUCUGGGCUAUUAAUUAUCAUUGACUCACUGAGAAAGAACUGUAUUAAAAAUAACCUGGUGUGUUUGAAGUUUCUUGGAAAGGUUUCACCUUAAGCUCUCUGACGUUUAUGUCUGUUCACUCAGCUUCGCUGUUGUCAUUUUCCAACUAAUUUUCUCCUUCACUGACGUCUCCACACCUGGUUCCACAUAAAUGCGCACAAGUCUGGGCUGCGGUCACCCAAACUUUGCAGCUAAAUUUAUAUCAGCUGUGAAAUCUGGGGAAAAUGUGUGGAUGUGCGUGUUGAAAGCCUUCAAGCAGCAUAAAUCCUCAUAUUAGUUUAAAGAUAGAAACCUGGCCAGUCCUGUGGAGCCUAUACAUUCUAUGAUGAUUUGUCAUGCAGUUAUAACAAUAAUUUUUUCUAACAUCUUAAACUAACUGGGGAAAUUUUGGUUUGUUUUCUUACAAUGAUUCAAAUUGUUGAUUCAUUAUAUAGUGCCGAUGAACUUUAUUCAUAUUAAAUUGCCUGCAUAAGUCACUGACUAUGAUUUGCUGAAUGAAAGGAUCAUAUGUCAACAUCUAUUAUCUUAACUAACAGCAUUCACAGCAUUCCCUUGCAUAUGUGUACAUCAUGACAUUAAUGGCCUCCAGCCCAUUAAUGCUGGAAAACUUGCUGCUACUGAUCUCUACAGAUUUACAGAAGGCUACCUGUUAGAGUUGAACAUGGACUAUUAUGGAACAAUAAGAAUGAGAAUGGAUAAAAAAAAUUAAGUUGUUUUUAGUUCAAAUCGAAUGAAUGGCUUUAAGGAGCUUGUGAUCUGAACCCAUAAUGGAAGCUUAUGUGUUUGAGUUUUCAAACUCGGCUUGUCCCAGAGGAAUUCAAUAUUUAGGUCUUUGUACUUGAUGUAGUAAAUACAGACCUGAAAAAGUUUGUGUGGGAACCAGACCAUUUUCAGUGCCGCUGUUUUAUAUUGAUUAAAGCCAAACUGCAGGCUUAAUUAAUACUAUGAUAAACAACACCCCUCUCCUCCUCUCGCCAUCAAAGCACCCACAAAGCUCACACACACGUGUGUGCAUGUACAUCUGAGUGAGCUGAAUGCCUUUAAAAAAAGAACAUGAAACACACAUACAUAGUUUCAGAUGCGUGUAAAGAAUGUGGUCUGUCUCUGUGGUGCAGCAGAACUGUGUUUAUGGCUGUUAAUGAAAACUGAGGCCAGUGUCCCAGAAUCCCAACGCUAAUCACCAUCCAACUCUCUGGACAGCAAAGAAUGAAGGUUAGAAGGGGGAGGGGUAGUUUAACGAACACGGCAGAUGAGUGCACUCAUGUCUGAACGUGUGGAAGUGUUGAAAGUGGUUAAAAUAGGGCGCAUUGCAUGUAAGGUCUAGAAAUGUGAUUACUUUUUUGUUCUUACCAUUUUUAUAAACAACAAGCUUUUCUAAAAAGCUUGUUGUUUACCUCUUUGUAUGAUUUUACAAAGAGGUCUACUCAGCUUCCAUUGGUUGCUGGUCCACAUAAAAACUGAAAGAUUGGAUGAUGAUCUGAGUCACACGAGCUAGUGGUUACUUCUGUUGCACUGUGGAAUUACUGUUGAAUUAUUAUAACUAAGUAAUCAAGAGGGUAAAACUAGCCAGAAAUCAACAUUAUUGCUCAGAUACUGCACUAUUUGUGAGAGAAGUAUACUGGAAAUAAUUAAUUUGAAAAUAAUAAUAGCAAAAUUAUAUUGCCUAUUUAUAAGAGAAGACUCAUAAAUAUUCAGUAUUUGUUUGAAAAUUUUUACUUGCAUAAAAAAAAAAAAAAAAAAAAAAAAAAAAAAAACAUUGCCUGGUAGUCUAGGUGAGAAAAUAUUAUUUUCAGCUCAGUAAUCUAAAGUACAUCGAUGUGAUUUAUACAGAGCUUUCAUCAUAUUUGGGCAAAAUAUAAAUUAUUAGAUUUUUAAAUGAUGAAUUAAUAAUGAGUAUAAUUGAAAUGUAUGUGCUAAUUAAAACAUUUGAUAACUCCCAUUAAUACUACAGUAUGCAACUUUCACAAAAUGUGUAAUUUUCCAUUUUUGGUAAAGCACGGCCAUGAUUGACGGCGCUUGCUAAGGCUCUCCUGGCUCUGAUUGGUUGUUCCUGGCUGAGCGGAAUACGUCUGCAUUUAUUCCUGGGAGAACUGGGAGAAGGCAGAGGAGCUAAUUAUUUUUCACAGAUAAUCUGUGAAAAGAAAUAAUAAUUAUAAUAAUAAUUAUGCUAUCACAGAUUAUACUGUCACAACACAAUGAUAAAUAUAACAAAUAUAAAAAAAACAUUUUUUUUAAUAAAAGUUACCUAUUGCACCUUUACAUAAAUUAUGAUAGCAAUGAAAUAGAAUUCUGACCACAGUCAGAUUUUAGAGAAUUAUUAGCAUGACUUUUUUUUUUUUUUUUAUUGUUUUGAGAACUUUUGCUUUUUUCUAAUUGGAGACCUGAGCAUUCCCUCAAUAUCCUAAAAUUAAUUAGUAUUGAUUAAUUUAAGCGUAGACAUGUAUGUCCCAGAUAAAACUGAAUGCUUUCAGUUUAAGAUGAUCACAAUCUCUGUCUUUGCUUGUGAUUGUCAUGGACGGAAAUGAACACUUGGCUCUGCGCUGCUGCUUUUACUGUGCAUCGAAGAGUUUAUUAAGUCCACUCUGGCUCACUGAGCUUCAACUAGCUGUAGAAAAUGGACCAUGUGAAGAGACAUGGCCGCCCAGAGAGAACUGUGUGUGAGACUGGAAAUGGAGUUUGGAAUACACAGAACUCUACUUCCCUGCUCCGCUGAGACAAAUACUUUUUCCUCUCCGAAGGUGGUUACCUGAACAUUGCCACAUUUCUGUGAUAAAGAACUUCACUGACCAAAGUGAAACAACAAAUUCCAGUUGUCAGACAUAUAUUAAAAAUCAAUGUAGAAGCUAAAUGGCUGAGUACAUUCUCCAACACUCUCUAAUAGCAGCAAAUCAGUACAGUGGUGAUUCCCUUGUCUUUCUCAACCGUCCAUCUGGAAUGUGUGUAAAAUCUGGUUUUCUAUUGUCUUUGGACUUGUUGCAGACGAGACGUAUUUUCCUUUUUGCUUCAUUUAAAUAAAAUCUGGUAUACUGAUUACACUGUGUGAUGGUUCAUGGGAUUCCUGUCGAUUUAUUUUCUUAUUUUGCUGGAGCUUGACAAAGGCUUCCCAAAUUAAUCAUUCUUCCAUUUGCUUCUGUUAGUUAUUACUGACUGAAGGUUCUGGAUGCAGAAUUGGGACUCAAGGCUGUCCAGUUGCUCCCUUGUCCUUUAGGCUCCUUUUUUUGAGACUCAUUGAGUGGUUUAAAAAUAAGUAAUAUUUAUUCAGACACAGAUGUCAGAGGAAAUUUGGCAAAUUGGUUUUGGGGAAAAAAAAAUGUCUGAAAUAGCUCAAAUAAUCAGUUGAUAUAUCGAAAUCUUGCUGAAUCUAUGCCACAAAGAAUAUUAGCAGCUCUGAAGACAUAUAUGUGUCCAACUUCGUACAAGCGAGUUCCUGUGAGUGUGAUGGAUAAAACAAAACUACAGCUGUUCAUGCAGCGCUCCUGCAACAACUGGAAUGGUUCCAGUUCCACGGUGGUGAUAUCAUGUGCUGCCUGCAGACGUUGCUUGUUUGAAUGCUGCUAUUUUCAUGCUCAUUAGUGAUGUGUGGGUUUAUUGUAUUACAACAAUAAAUCACGUCAGUCGUUUAGAGAUGUUUCUGUGCUGUAAAGAAGAUGACACAUUACUGACUGCAUCAAAAUAUUUGUAAACUUUUGAAGAAGAAACAUAAAAAAGAUAUUUCUUGAAUCAACAGCCAUUUGGACUCUAAAGCAUCAUCUGCAGUGCCCGUCCAAACCUUAACCAGCCUGUUACAGCUAGUUCCUCUCCACACACAAACAAUACGACAGAAAGCUGUACGUAUGUGCACAGAUUUCCAGACACAAAGACAAAGACACAGAAAAUCCAAAUAAUUACUGAAGCCAGAAGUCAGCAGCACCAUCCAGCCAGCAGUGUGCGUGUGUGUGAGGGGGUCUGUGUUUUCUGUGUGUAACAUGUACUUUAAUGAGGAGACUGAGGACAGACCGGUUUACAGAGAAAAAAAAAGUCCAAAUCCCAUUACUUCACUGGUUAGUGUGUGUUCACAGCAUCUGUGUGUAUCAUUGUGAGUUUGUCGAGCUGUGUGAUUACUGUGGGUUUAUUUUCAGUGUGUCUGUGGGUACGUAUAGGUCUGCGUGCGGGAGUGUGUGUGUGUGUGUGUCCCUCUGUGUCCACGGUAAACAGCGACUUCUCAUUAAAGCUUUCCGCAUGACUGCAAGUGAAUGCCGAGUCCUGGAACCUGGAUAAUCCACUCUACAACACAAAUAAUACACACACGCACAAUCCAAAGCUCUGUGCAGCCCGCUGACUUACAGACCUCAUAUCAACUCCACGGUCACCUGAAGGGGGAGAUAACAUAUAAAUAAAAGAUGGAGACAGAAGAGAUAAAAGAAGAGAAAGAAGAAUAAGGAGGAACAUGAGGAGAAACAACAAUUGUGGAAAACAAAAGAUUUGCAGCAUGCCGGACUGUUGGAGGGAGAAGGCAAAGGAACAAUUCAGAGGACGGGAUCGACUAGAUUAAGAAGUAAAGUCACUAAAAGGAAAGGGGGAAGAGGAAGAUAAAGAGCAGAGGAGGAGCAGCCAAAGGGAGUUGGUGUAUUUGUCAGUUUAAUCCUCUCCUAUUAGCAGCUCCUCUGUGUGCUGUAAGGAUUAGCUUGUUGUUUGAGCUCCAGCAGGUCAAAGGAGGGCGUCGGUUGGGGAUAGGGGUGCUGAGAAUAACGUCCCCGUGAGGAACCUUCAUCGUCACACGCAGCAUCCACCUCCCAUCCUGGAGCUCACUGAGAGGAUUCACAGUCAUUUUGCUUGAAAAGAGCUGAAUGACCAAUGAGGUGUUGAGUCAGGAAGCGUCUCCCACAGCGAUAGUUUAGAGGGCCCUCCCGUCAAUUAACUCUUAGCAUGGCUCAAACUCUAAAAGCGCACAUACAGAAACAGGAAGAAUAAUAUGUGCAUUGAUAUGCUAGAUAAAGGCCAUGCACAUAUCAGGUCAGAGUGAAGCUGCUGCUCAUAAUUCAUAACACACACCGAAAGAGUCGCACACACACCAAACCAAACCCGAAGCUCAACGGCGGAUGCUGUGUUUACGAUUCGGGUCACACAGCUAGAGUAAAAAGCACACGCAGAGGCAAACAUGGGUCAGCGGUGCAACCCUUGCUUCUAAUGCAGAGCACAAACGCACAACAAACACACGCCGAGUUUAAGGCCAAAGCUCAACAGGGAGUGAGCAGACACGCAACAUCAUGUGCCAAACACAAGUUUCCCACGAACUUCCCCGCUUGCUGUAAAAUGGUUCUGCCUGGUUGAUCACAAGAAGGGGCUCUCUGGCAUCUGCUUAGGCUUUAGGGCAGAGUUAACUUUCAAUAAUCUGAAGGAUUUGAUUGGUUGAGCAGGAUUUGAUGGGUGUGGCUAAGGGUGUGAGGCAGAGCUGAGGGAAAUAAAGUGUAUGAUGGCCUGCAAACAACACACAGGCAGACCAACUAUCAUAUCACAUCACAUCACUCCACAGAGGGCGUGUGUGUGUGUGUGAUUGUGAUGGUUUUGCAUGUAUCUGCAAAUGCAGCAACAGUCAAGUUUGUGUGUUUUUGUGUUACACAACAAAAGACAAAAGAAAAGGGUUUGGGGACAUGACUGCAUGUUGUGUGUGUAUAUUGCAUGGAGGGAAGUGCUGUCCAGGGGGGAGAUCUUCUUCUGCUCCAGUUAGAGCGGUCAGACACCAGCGCAGCCAUCCAUGGUCCACUUCCUGUGCAUUUUCUGUUGACCUCUGACCCCUGCUGGUUGAUUUUAGGUCCAGAGGGAUAUUUGAACCCUUCAUCUGCGGGUACAUUUUUACUUGUUUGCAAAGGAAUUUUGUGAGGGAAAGAAAAAAAAAUAUUUUAUUUGACAAGAAACAUGUCCGUUUGUGAUAAAAAUUCACCUGACAGGGGACGUAAUACAGCAGCAUUACUUUAUCAGUAGCCUGACCCUUUAAUUCCUAUUUUCUUCCUUCAGUCAAUAAACAAAACAAUGAAUCCAAAGAUCCUUCCAAUAUACUAAUUUGUUGUUGAACCUAAAAUGAUGCAAUGUUUCUAAUCCAUGUUCUAUAUUUUGAAAGUUGUAUAAAUAACAAACUAACAGUAUGCUAAUGAGGGAAAACAGUGACUCU